GGAAUUUUAGCGUUAUAAAAAAAAAGACCGGCAUGGCCGUUCUCAGGCAGCUCUCAGGUUCCUCUCUGCUGAAAGGGAUCGGUCAGCUGGCGUUCAAGAAAAAAAAAACAAGGAAAAUGUUACGCCUUUCGCAUUUAUAUUUUUAAAAUGAAACACCUUGUGUGUGAACAAUAUUUGUACGUUCUCCUAUAUUCUCUCAACGAGAAAUGAUUGCCAACAAUUCGGCUGAAAACUCGAGGGAGAAAAUUUGCACGGAAUAUUAUGCAGAAAUUUGGCUGACAAAAUGUGCUGUUACCUGUUCGAAAAUUACUUAUUCCGCCUUUAUUUUCAAAGAUGUCGCCGAGCCAUAUCAAAAGUUAAAUUGGGAUACGUGCUUAUUAUAUUUGGCAUGAUAGCGCUUUUAGAAUUUUUUGGAGCAUUUGUUCACUUGUUUGAGAUCACGUACGAUGAAAAAUUUGUAUAUCCGUACGAAGGCAACGUACAUGAAUUUGUGAAUGCUCUGCGGCGUAAUGAAAAACCCGAGGUCGAACCUAUAAACGAAUACAGAUACGCUUUUAUCUUAAAACAGCCGCAAAAGUGUAAAGAAGAUGCGGACGACACACUUCGUCUUGUAUAUAUAGUAAAGUCAGCUAUAGAGAACUUUGAUAGAAGAACUGCUAUACGUAAUUCAUGGGGAAUCGAAAAGAGAUUCUUCGAUGUGCCAGCAAGGACUAUUUUUGUGGUGGGUACACAUCCAGACGACCAAGAAAUCGAUGCCAAACUAAAACUAGAGGCAGGGAUCUACAAAGAUAUCGUACAGGCAAAUUUUAUAGAUUCGUAUUAUAAUAAUACUAUAAAAACAAUGAUGAGUUUCAAGUGGUUAGUUCAGUACUGUCCCAAUUCAAAGUUUUACAUGUUUGUCGAUGACGAUAUGUACGUAUCAGUAAAAAAUGUAGCGACAUUUAUUAGAAACCCAGCUAACUAUCCAUUUUAUUUAAUGGAAUCCAGAAAAGUGUAUAAUGCACACAAAAGAGAAAUCAAACGAUCGGAUUUAAUGGAUUAUAAUGACGUUAAUUUUAAUAAUAUAAAUACAACAUACGACUCAAAAAUCAAAAUGUCUUUUACGCAAAGUCUUACCAUUCAGGGGUCUACAAAUAAUGAUCAGAAAAAUAAUUUGCGUGAAAAACAAGAGGGACAAAUCGAUGAAAAUCGUAAAAUAGAAAAUGAAUAUUUGCUCAGGCUAAAUGCAUCUAUGUCGAAUAGAAUAAAGCGACAGCUUUUCGAUUUUGAGCUGCCAGACGACAUUAGACUGUUUGCAGGAUUCGUAUUUAUGCGAGCUGCGCCACAUCGGCAUAAAUUUUCUAAAUGGUAUGUCACGUUAAAAGAAUAUCCAUAUAAUUUAUGGCCACCAUAUGUCACAGCUGGUGCAUAUAUCCUGUCAAAGGAAGCUCUUUUGGAUUUGUACUACACUAGUUUCUACACUAAGCACUUCAGGUUCGAUGAUAUCUUUCUAGGUUUAGUAGCUAAGAAAGCUGAUAUAGUACCAUUUCAUUGUGAAGAGUUUCAUUUUUAUAAAAAAGCUUAUACAAAAUAUAGUUACAAGUAUGUCAUAACGUCUCAUGGGUAUGAAGAUUCAAGUGAACUUCUACAAAUAUGGAACGAGCAGAAAGCUUUGGGAAAUGCUUAAAUCUAUUUAGAAUAUGCAAAAAAAUUUCAUAAUAUAUGGAUAGUAUUAUAUGGAUUUAGACAUGGUUUCCAAUUAAGACUAAAAAAUAAAGCAUUACAAUAUCUCAGCAAAAAUAUUUAAAAUUAUAAUACAAUUGAGAUAUACGUACACACAUAUAGCUCGAUAUAUAUGAAAGAAAAUGAGAUAUAAUGUAAAAUUAUAAUUAUGUGAAAACGUUCAAUUUCUUGUAAAAAUAUGUAAUUUUUCUAGAAUAGAUUUUGUUCUAUAGCAUUCUUUAAAUAUAUAAUAUCCUCUAAGCUUUUAGACAUUAGUAUUAUCAUAUAAGUCAAAUUUUUAGACACAUUGAAGCAAUGCAUUUAAAUAAUAUAAUUCUGCUACUAGUAUUUAUAAUUACAAUUAUAAUAAAUUAUGCACUAAAUAUGUAUUUAUUGCUUAAGUUUGAAAAUAGGAUUAUUCUGUUAAAUUGUUAUGUUAUAUUACACACACGUAGACUGAAAUCUAUGACUUAAUAUUAUUUUAAUAAAAUAAUCAACUAACAUAAUUAAUAUAUAUUAACAUUAUGCGUUUGUACAGUUAAUAAAUUUUGCAGAGGCUAUAAAAAACUUGUAUGUUCUAAAAGUCUAUAUAUUUACAAUUUUGUACUUGUUAAUUACUAUACCUUUGUGAUAAUGUAUUCAUUGAUAAUUUAAUAAAUACAUUUUCUAGA